AUGUACUGCAACUACUUUGGAAACUCCUGUGGGAGCUACGGCUGUGGCCUGGGCUAUGGCUAUGGCUGUGGCUAUGGCUCCCGCUAUGGCUGUGGUUAUGGUUCCGGAUAUGGCUGUGGCUAUGGUUCCAGAUAUGGCUGUGGCCUUGGCUAUGGCUAUGGCUGUGGCUAUGGCUCCCGCUAUGGCUGUGGCUAUGGUUCCGGAUAUGGCUGUGGCUAUGGUUCCAGAUAUGGCUGUGGCCUUGGCUAUGGCUAUGGCUGUGGCUAUGGCUCCCGCUAUGGCUGCGGCUAUGGUUCUGGAUAUGGCUCUUCCUGCUAUAGCUACCGCCCAGUUGUUUACAGGAGAUGCUAUUCUUCCUGCUGCUAA